ACUCAGACAAGGACAUCCCCUAACAAUUUUUUCGUGUUCCUAGUUCACACAGGCACAUUCUGAUGUUACUGUUCAUUUCACGUUGUCUUCUUCCUAUAUAAAAAACCAAAGCCAUGAAAAAUAUUUAAUUCCCAAAGAAAAAACAGAGAAGGACCUUACUUUACUUUCCAAAGUGGCCAAGCUCAAGCCUAUAUAUCUUCUUGCUACUUCAACCCCACAAGGAGUACUGGUACAAGUUGAGUUUUUCUUUUGUGUUUGGCUCCCCAAUUCCCAAAAGCAGUGAUGAUUUCUGGUAAAAGAGAUUUGUUUGGUACCAAGGGGAGACCGAGUUUAGAUUUCAUGGUUUUGGUGUCAACAGUAUGGUGGCUUUGUUUGACUGCUUUCAGUGUCUCGGCUGCAACACAAGCAGACCCCCCAUCACCUCAACCGAAUCAAAAGCUAAGGUUUGGCCAAAAUGGAGAAUUCAAGAUAUUGCAGGUAGCAGAUAUGCACUAUGCAAAUGGCAAGAGCACACCUUGCUUGAAUGUGCUCCCUUCUCAGAAUUUUUCUUGCUCUGACCUCAAUACUACUGUCUUUAUUAACAGAAUGAUCCAAGCUGAGAAGCCUAAUCUUAUUGUCUUCACCGGAGACAAUAUCUUUGGGUUUGAUUGCACGGAUUCAGCUAAAUCCUUGGAGGCUGCAUUUGCUCCUGCAAUUGCAUCAAACAUUCCUUGGGUAGCUGUUUUGGGCAACCAUGACCAGGAAGGAACCCUCUCUAGGGAAGGGGUGAUGAAGCAUAUUGUUGGGAUGAAAAACACCUUAUCCAAAUUCAAUCCUCCUGAAGCACAUAUCAUUGAUGGUUUUGGGAACUAUAACUUGGAGGUUGGAGGAGUUGAAGGCUCUGAUUUUGAAAAUAAAUCAGUGCUCAACCUAUAUUUUCUUGAUAGUGGAGAUUAUUCCAAAGUUUCUACAAUUUUUGGUUAUGAUUGGAUCAAGCCCUCCCAGCAACUUUGGUUUCAACGAACAUCUGCAAAGCUUAAGAAAGCAUAUAAAAGUGGACCCUUGCCUCAGAAAGAUGCUGCUCCUGGUCUUACAUAUUUCCACAUCCCUCUGCCAGAAUAUGCUAGUUUUGAUUCAUCAAACAUGACUGGUGUGAAACUGGAACCGGAUGGUAAUGGCAUUAGCUCUGCUUCUGUGAACUCUGGCUUCUUCACAACCUUGGUUUCAGCAGGAGAUGUGAAGGCAGUUUUCAUUGGCCAUGAUCACCUCAAUGACUUCUGUGGAAAUCUUAUGAAUAUACAACUUUGUUAUGCUGGGGGAUUUGGAUACCAUGCUUAUGGAAAGGCAGGGUGGUCUAGAAGAGCAAGAGUGGUGGUAGCUAGCUUGGAGAAAACAGAGAAAGGAAGCUGGGGAGAUGUUAAGUCAAUUAAAACAUGGAAACGCCUUGAUGAUCAGCAUCUUACUGGAAUUGAUGGCGAGGUCCUGUGGAGCAAGAACUCUCAGUGAUGUCCAAAGAUAAAAACCAAAUGGAGGUGCUUGAAAAUUUGAAAAUUAUGCAGACAGAUAUUGAUAUCCACAUGAAGCUAUUUUGUAUUGAGUUGCUAUACGAAAAAUUUUAUUCAGGGAAAUUUGAUUGUCUUUAUUAUACAUAUCCUGUGAUUUUGUACUGUAAUAGAAGUUAGCUUGCUAAGAUUAGAAUAGGAUUCAAAGUUUCAUAAACAAGAAGUAGAAUUACAACUAUUCAUACUCCAUACGAACUUGUAGGAUCAUGUCAUUAUUUCAAGUGUUUAUGUGGCCUUGAAACCAGAAAAUGUUUUGGUGUU